AUGCGCGGGACCAUGAAGGGCUGCGUUUUCAACCUUCCCAUCCGCGAAGAAUUCGUGCAAAGGCUCCUCGAGUCAUAUAAAGAUCUCACAGAAAGGGUCCCUGACUCUGCGAGGAGCGUACUGCAAUUUGAUCUAUUUGAUCCAACCGUUGUGGCCACCAAGGCAUCUAACACAGAUAUGGCUUUCCACAGUCGCGGCUAUCACUUCAAUGCAGCCGCGGAGGUAUUCUGGCACUCCACUGAACACGAUGUAAGGUGCAGGCAAUGGGCCCGCGAUAUUGCUGCCAUCUUCAAAGCGGAACUGAAAAGAGAUGAAAAGGCUAGCAACAAGUCAGACCCCGACCCUGUGAUGAUGUUGGUGAAGGAUAUCUUGUCUGCACGGCCUUUUUGCAUCCCAUCGUGGACACUGGCGUGA